UCUGUGGGAAGAAAGAAGUAGAAGAGAACGCAGAGAAUACCGUGAAUCACCCCGACACCAAAAUCAUAAAAUUUCACAAAAAUGGCUGUUUCUUGGGUUUCGUUGCGCUACAACUACUCCCAAAUUGUGCCCAGAGCUGCAAAGGAAUCUUUUUCUCUGGUCCUGCCAUUCUCGUUACCUCGCCUCACAAAGCUUACAGCCCCUUAUCACAUUAGUACUCUUUGUUGCAGUGAAAAGGUUGAUACUAAGGAGCCUAGAAGCCCAGACCUGGUCGCCUUGGAGUAUGCUGACCUCAAUCUUACCGACAAAAUUUCUGGGGAGUUGGGUCAUGUUAGAAUCAGGCAGCAUGUGAACCCCCUCAGUUCGUUGUUCUCUAAGCCUGUGCCAGUGCCUGAUUGGGAUCAAGUUUUUAGGGAUCCCACAUUGCCGCUUAUGGUGGAUAUUGGAAGUGGCAGCGGCAGAUUUCUAUUGUGGCUUGCAAAAAGAAAUCAUGCUUCAGGAAAUUAUUUGGGAUUGGAAAUACGUCAAAAACUGGCGAAACGUGCUGAGUUUUGGGUAAAGGAGCUAGGUCUUGGUAACAUACACUUCCUGUUUGCAAAUGCCGCGGUUUCUUUCAAAGAGCUUGUAUCCAAAUACCCAGGGCCCCUGAUGCUAGUUUCAAUUUUGUGCCCAGACCCCCACUUCAAGAAAAGGCAUCAUAAGCGAAGGGUCUUACAGAAGCCAUUAGUAGAUUCUAUAGUCAAUAGUUUAAUGCCUGGAGGAAAGGUUUUUAUUCAGUCCGAUGUGCUUGAAGUGGCUCUUGACAUGAGGAAUCAGUUCGAUGCAGAGUUAGAUGUGAUUCAACACAUCGAUGCAAUUGAACCAGGUGUGCUGUGUGACAAUGAUGGAUGGUUAUUGCAUAAUCCAAUGGGAAUAAGAACUGAGAGAGAAAUCCAUGCAGAAUUUGAAGGUGCAACGAUAUAUAGAAGGUUGUACCAGAAGAGGACAUAGUCAAAUCCCCUGCGUUUCUUAUAAUCUAAGGAGGAUCUGCAAGUUCUUGGAUUGAGAAAUUCUCGACUGCUGAUGCGAUUAUCAAGCUAGCCAAACUGUUGGAGAUGGAAUUAGAACUUUUUAUUUACCAUCACUGGAGUGGUGUUGCAUCCCCAUUUGUUUGGAAAGUUAUGGAGCUCUCCAUUUGCUGCAGUCAAAAGAUUUUCUCUUUGCCAGCUUGGCUUCUCCAAAAUAAUUGAGAUCUCCUCGGAUGAAGAGCUAAAGCCAAUUGAAGAUAAUCAGAGGUCUGACAAAUUUAGUAUGUGAAAUGCAUUUCCAAACACUCCUAUAGACAUGGAUUUUUAUAUGCAUUUGUUGGAAUCAAAGUGGACAUGAUCUGUAGACUUUGUAGUUUGAAAGGGACCUAAAUAGGGUUAAGGGAGGCAAUUCCACUUUCUGCUCAGGCCCUGCAGGAGAAGUCAUUGCAUUUUUCUUGUAGUUUUAAUAGAGAUGUCCACUUUAUUUCACACAAGUUUUUUGAUUUGGUAAACAGAUUGAACGUCUCUCAAUUAAAAUUACAGUGACUUUUACUGCUA